AAUCAGAUUUGUACCCCGGCUCAACUAUGGGUUUGCUACUGGAAAACCUACUGGAGCUCAUUAGCUGCCGGUGCUGUCAUCAAAAUCGGCGCCGACCUGUUCGGCCUUUUCGGUCCCCUAUCUAUUGAUUACAUAAUCCGUUACGUAAACGAUACUCAAACAAAAAAUGCUAACAAUAUAUCGGAAACCCUUGAGUUGGACUACUAUUGCCUGAAAUGGUCUCAAUUCUUGACCAAUGGCUAUAUCAUAGCGUUUAUCGUACUCUUGGCCACACUAUUGCAGUCGACGUUUUCAAACAAUUUCAAUCAUUUGGUGAACUCCGAGGGCAUACAUCUGAAAACGGCUCUCAAUGAUUUAUCGGAUGAACGGAUGCGAAAAACAACAGAACUCUUCAUGUCUAUCAAAUUCCUGAAGUUAUUGGGCUGGGAGUUGACAUUUGCUCAGUGGGUCAAUAAGAUCAGGGAAAAGGAGCUCAAAGUUCUUAAGAAAGAUGCCAUUUAUGUGGCCCUCAAUACUUUUAUCACUCAGGGCUCAUCAAUAGUGGUAACCCUGGUCACAUUUGCUAUUUAUCCCUACAUUGAGGGCAAAUCAUUAACGGCGGGUCAUGUGUUUACGGGUCUGGCGCUGUUUAACCAGUUAACUGUUCCCCUCUAUAUUAUACCAGUUGUGAUCCCAAUAAUGAUCAGUGCAAUAGUGAGCACAAAACGAUUGGCCAAAUUUCUAUCACUUCCAGAGGUGGACCCAAACAUCCCGUGGAGAACCAAAACAACAACUUUACAAAAUCGUAACAGAGAUCUGCUUAAUGAAGAAUAUUAUGUCAAAAAUGAGACCAAAUCCAGUUUCGAUGGCAAUGCCUUCCCGCCGGUCAUACCCUCGAAAUCACGAGUCUCUAAGAAAGUCAGCUCUAACUCUAUGUGCGGUUCCGAUGAUAUUUGCUGUCGUAUAACGAAUGGCACAUUUGCCUGGAGUAUGGACGGGGAGGAGGUGCCGGUGCUUAAGAACAUCAACGUCUCGAUACCUAAGGAUAAGCUGACAAUCAUUGUGGGUUCGGUGGGCAGUGGAAAGUCAUCCCUAUUGGCCGCUCUUAUGGGCGAAAUGAUUAAACUGAAGGGUGACGUGAAUUGGUGUCAGUCCAACACAUUUGUCGGUUAUGUCGGUCAGAAUCCAUGGCUCAUAAACACCACACUUCACGAGAACAUCAUUUUUGGCUCAUCUUUCGUACAGAAGCGAUACGAUAAAGUGAUUAAAGCCUGUGCUCUUCAGACAGACAUCAAUAUACUUCCCAAUAGGGAUAUGACUGAAAUAGGGGAACGGGGUCUCAAUUUGUCCGGCGGCCAGAAGGAUAGGAUAGCGUUGGCGCGGGCUAUAUAUUCGUACGCCAAUACACUCAUACUGGACGACACCCUUUCCGCUUUGGACCCCAUUGUAGGCAAUCAUGUGUUUGAUUUUGCUAUAAAAAAACAGGCGCAGGAGAAGCGGACAGUGAUUCUGGUGACCAAUAAACUGGAAUAUGUGCCGAAAGCACAUAACAUAAUAGUAGUGGAGUCGGGAUCUAUCAAACACUCGGGCACUUACAGCGACAUCGAGAAGGCGGACCCAAAUUUGACCGCAUUUUGGGCUAAAGUCCGCAACAAAGAGGAAGAGAUGAGACGAAAGGCGACGAUAGAAGAGUGCAAAACCACGAAAGAGAGGAAGUCGUUGGUGAGGAUGCUGUCGUCCAAUAAGAUCCAGGCCAGUUGUCGCAACUCUAUGCCCAUUGGCAUACCUAAGCCCAAAAGGAGACAGGUCUCGUUCAAUAGGCAAUUAAGUCACGACCCGUCAAACCCUCUGCCCUGUCAUGACUGGACGGACAACGACGAGCCUAUCGUGGGCUCACACACCGAGGAAUCGGUGUCUAAUCGACCAUUAAUUCCGUUCCGAAAUCGUAUGAAUUCAAUUGACUCGGAAUCCGUUGACUCCAAGUCGUCCAUCAAUUCAUCGCUUCUGUCCACAAGUGCUGAGUCGACGCCAUUCUUCGUCGCCAGUAGGCCCACAAUGUCUCGACUCAACUCAAGAACUUCUGGCGUCUCCUUCACUAACAACUCGAUCCGAGAGGUCGAUGAGGAGGAGGAAGAAGAAGAGGAGGAAGAGAUUCAAUACCGCAGAAAAAAUCGCCCGAAAGAGGAUUCCGAUGACGAAACCCCUCCACCACUGGAUGACGACCUCUUCGAGACGUUGCGACGAGAGAAACACGAGAGGACAGCCAGUUUCGCAGCCUUUAAGCUCAUAAGCGAUGAGAAACGAGAGACCGGAUCCAUAUCGAGGAAAGUCUACUUCUCGUACUUCAAGAGGUGUUCCCUUAUCCUGUCGUUCACAUGUCUGGUGCUAAUCAUUUCAACGCAAGGCUUCAAAGUUGCGUCCGAUUUCUGGUUAGCCCAGUGGUCUAAGUCUGACGUCUCGCUCACCAACGAUAAUCACAAACUUGAAUACUAUAUCAAAGGCUAUGCCAUCCUAUCAUUGAUCACAAUAAUCAUAUCAUUGGUCUCUAACCUAUUAUCACAACUGACAUCACUUCGCGCCGUAAGACUACUUCACUCACAAAUGUUAGAGAAUAUCAUUCAGUGUCCGCUUCGGUUCUUUGAUGUCACGCCCUUUGGAAGAAUUAUCAACAGAUUCUCCAUUGAUAUGAAUACUAUUGAUAAGAAACUCCCGAUAGCCCUCCCGGUGCUGCUUCGCUUCAUUUUCCUGUGCGUGUCGGCCAUAAUUGUGGACAUCAUAAUCACCCCGUACUUCGCCAUAGCUAUCGUUCCCAUUUUGAUUGUCUAUUACUUCGUUCAACACUUUUUCCGAUUCACUUCACGAGAGUUACAGCGUUUGGAUUCAAUCACAAAAUCGCCGAUAUUUUCGCUCUACAGUCAAACCAUCGAUGGGUUGACUACUCUGCGGGCGUUUAACGAGGAAAUCAAUUUCACGGAUAAGAUCUACGAACUGUUGGACAUCAAUAACAUAUGCUUUUUGAUGGUUAACUCAGCCAACUGUUGGUUAGGUAUUGCAUUAGAUUAUUUAGGAGGAGUUAUAUUGUUUUGCGCGACCAUUACAUCUGUUUGGGCUGCUAUUCAUUUAAACAUGAACCCGGCUUAUGUGGGAAUGGCGAUGACAUACACACUACUGGUGCCCAUAUAUCUCAAUUGGGUGGUCAGGAAUUUGGCGUCACUUGAGAUGUAUAUGAAUUCUGUGGAAAGAGUGCGAGAAUUCUCACAUUUGGAGACUGAAGACCAGAGCUUAGACUCAAUUCUCGACAUAACGGACGAAAAGUGGCCACAAAGGGGUGAAAUAAAAUUCAUUGAUCUUAGCCUUAAAUACGAGUCCAAUGAAGAUAUCGUCAUAAAAGGGGCCAAUUUUAGUGUCAAACCGGGAGAAAAGGUGGGGAUCUGUGGGCGCACGGGUUGUGGCAAAUCAUCGCUCGUGAACGCAAUGUUUCGCUUAAAUCACAUCACAAACGGAAAAAUACUUAUCGACGGCAAAGACAUCACCAAAAUAUCUACUCAUUUACUUCGCAGCAAACUAUCGGUCAUUCCUCAGGAUGUGGUCCUCUUUUCAGGAACCAUUCGCGAGAACUUGGAUCCAAACAAAGAGAUCUCAGACGACAAGAUUAGAGGCGUAUUGAGUGAAUUGAAUCUGAAUAGCAGUAUCUCAUCGCUGGAUGAGUACAUCACCGAAGAGGGUCUGAACCUAAGCGCCGGUCAGCGGCAGAUGCUGUGCAUCGCUCGGGCUCUACUCCGCGACUCAGCCGUACUUAUAAUGGAUGAGUCGACCUCUUCGCUGGACGAGGAGUCCGAACAACUAAUCCUGGAUCUGAUUAAGAAGACUAACAAAACU